AUGUGUGUCAAAGGUUUUGUUGAGGGAGGCAUUGCUUCAAUUGUGGCUGGAUGCAGCACUCACCCCUUAGACCUCCUCAAGGUCCGAAUGCAACUUCCCAACCUUGCCCUUCAGAGGACGCUCCAACCCGCUUUCGCCGGUGUGGGCGUGGCCGUUAAUGUCCGCAUCCCCAUUCCUCCUCCGCCGCCCCGCGUCGGACUUGUUUCCGUCGGGACCCUCUAUUCGACGACCCGGAUGGGGUUGUACGAUAUCCUGAAGCAGAAAUGGACUGACCCGCAUACCAACAAGAUGACCUUGGACAGGAAGAUUUGCGCGGGUCUAAUAGCCGGAGCCAUCGGAGCCGCCGUGGGAAACCCGGCCGACAUCGCAAUGGUCCGCAUGCAAGCCGACGGGAGGCUUCCAGCGGCUCAGCGCCGGAACUACAAGAGCGUGGUGGACGCAAUCGCUCAAAUGGCCAAAAACGAGGGAGUGGCCAGCCUGUGGCGCGGGUCAUCGCUGACGGUGAACCGGGCCAUGUUGGGGACGGCAUCACAGCUGGCAUCGUACGACCAGAUCAAGGAGUCCAUAUUGGAGACGCACCUGAUGAAGGACGGGCUGGGAACGCACGUGACGGCGAGUUUCGCCGCCGGGUUCGUGGCGGCGGUGGACGUGAUCAAGACCCGGGUGAUGAACAUGAAGGUGGAGCCCGGGAUGGCCCCACCGUAUUCCGGGGCGCUUGACUGCGCAAUGAAGACCAUUCGGGCCGAGGGUCCGCUGGCUCUUUACAAAGGUUUCAUUCCCACCAUCUCAAGGCAGGGUCCAUUCACUGUGGUGCUCUUUGUCACAUUGGAGCAAGUCCGCAAAGUUUUCAAGGAUCUUUAA